AUGGCAUCAACGCUUUUGGUCGCCGCACCAACCUUACGCACUUCAAAGCACAACGAAACAAAGAUCAACAAAGAAGUUCAGCGUUUCUUUUCAUCGUCUGCUUUUUCGAGGAACGAGAAGCGUCGGUUGAGGACGUCUCUGUUAUGCGCGUCGUCGUCGUCAUCUGCCGACGACGACGAAACGUCGUCGUCCAAAUCCUCCUCUGCGCUUCCUCGUACUCCGGGAACCUCCGUGGACGCGUUAGAUGCGGUCAUGAUGAGCCCCGAGACAGAGAUCACGACGAAAACGACGAACCCGGAUAUUAAAACGUUCUCUGAGGACGUCCUCGCUGUCUGCUCGAAAGGCUAUGAUUUCGCGUUGCAAUCGCUCGAUAAAAAGUUAGACUUGGCCAUAAAGCUCGAUCCGGCGACGGGCGAGUUACUCUCGGACGACAACGAACAGUCGGUAAAUUUGAGACAACAAAAAGGAUUAGAGGAGGAGAAGUUUGCGAUCGACGUGCUGGAGUGUUUAGCUUCUUCGUCUGGUAAUGGUGGUGGCGAGGACAACAAACAACGCAUUCGAGCGUUUGCGAGAGGACAACAAGUGCCGAAACGCUCGUACGCGUUGGCGGAGUUAAAGUUGAACGAUAUCGAUCCUUCCAAGUUGUUAGCGCCGACGGAGAACACGAUUACUGAGAUUAAGAAGAAAUUGGGCGUCGCGGUUGGAGCGUUGGUCAUUGUGGGUGCGAUUGUGACGAGUGGGGAAGACGUGGGCGCGGCGCCGUUUCAGGCCAUCAAGACGUUUGUGUUUUUGAGUUUUUUAUUAGCGUACGACGCGGUGGCGUUAAACGCGGGGGCGCAGAAUUUGGUUUUGGAUUUCGUCGCGAAUUUGACGUCGGAGGAGUACAAGACUCGGUUGAGAAGACACGAGGCUGGGCAUUUCUUGGUCGCGUAUUUAACCGGCGUGUUGCCGAAAGGGUACACGUUGAGUUCGCUGGACGCGUUUAAACGGUUUGGACGAUUGAACGUUCAAGCGGGGACGUUGUUUUGCGACGGACAGUUUCAAAACGAAGUGAAGAGAGGGAAGAUUACGAGCACGUCGGUUGGGAGAUUUGCGUGCGUGGCUUUAGCUGGAGUGUGCGCGGAAUACGCGAAGUAUGGCAACUCGGAAGGCGGCGCGGCGGAUAUUCAGCAGUUGGAUCAACUGUUCAACGCGUUACAGUUUUCGCAAAAGAAAUCGGACGACGAAGUCAGAUGGGCGACGUUGAAUACGAUGGCAAUCGUGAGGAGACACGAAGGUUUAGUGGACGAGUUGGCGAGAAUGAUGGGAACCGGAGAGAGCACGGCGAAGUUGAUUUCAAUCAUAGAAGCGCGUUUAGCAAACGUAGCAGAAAAAGACAUUUAG